UAGUUUUAACAAUAUAUACAUAUUUAACAAGAAAAUUUUUUUGCAGUAUUAUUAAGAAAUGUUUUGUUUGCGUAAAUUCUGUAAAAUGGGUAAAGAAAUUUACUUUCGAAGUUAAAAAAAAAAGAUCGUGCGCUAUAACAUUACAAGAAAAGGAAAAGAAUUAUGAGAAAACAAAUGAAUGAAUUGUAUUAAAUUUUAUUAAUAAUUAAAAACCGCACAAAACAAAAAAUAUAGCUUCAAUUUCAUACUUAUAUCGAAUGUCUCAAGAUUUGUUGGCUAACGCACAAUAUGCUCUUAACAAGCAAAAAACGUGCGUGGUUCCUCUAUCAGCUCAGCUACUUGUAAUAAUAAAAAUAGCCGAAGCAACAACAAUUAUAAAUCCAGGCAUAAUUAUAUCCUAUUUAAGCGAAAGCGAGAACCCUUCGUUUUUGUAAUCAUGCGUUUAAACUUAAAAGCAGUUUUAUUAUUUUUAACGGUAAUUGUUAUGAUUAUAACUUCUGCCGUUUAUAUGCGUUGUGUGGAAUUUACUUUUCCUCAAGACCUUGUUAAGCGUUGGGAUCGUCGACUUUAUGCUGUUGGUAAUGCUGAUCUACUUCACGAUCAAUUAGAUGGAAGCGACGAUGGAAGAGGAGGCAUAGCUACGAACGACGGUUUUAACUUGCAGGAGUUGCAGGACAUUGAGUGUAUCAUCAAUCAAGAGUACACAGUGCACUGUAAACGCGAUGGGGAUAACCGUGAAGUUUACGUCCCAUUUUCAUUUUUGCGUCAUUAUUUUGAUAUAUCGGGGGCAAUGAGUUCACCUGCGUCCCCUUUAACGACAAUCGAUGGCAACAGCAAUAGUCAAGCGCAGAGUAAAUUUUUAUGGAUGCAUAGUACUGCAAAGAUUAACGUACCCAAAGGGAAAUAUGACGCCCGUGGUGUUUUCAUGUAUUUUGAAAACUAUAACGUAGAGAUAAGAGAUCGCGUUAAAUGUAUCAGUGCCGUUGAUGGUGUGCCAGUUAGUACGCAAUGGGAGAAGAAGGGUUAUUUUUAUCCCACACAGAUUGCCCAGUUUGCCUUGUCACAUUAUAGUAAAAAUUUAACUGAACCAGAACCGAGAAUACGGAUGCUGGAGAAUGUCGAUAGCGUUCAAGCCAACUGGUUGUUACCUUCAAAAAUUAGUAAUCUUACACGUAUUUGGCAUCCGAAAUUCAAUAGUUCUGUUAUACAAUAUGAAACUGCCAGUGAUUUCGAUAGCGCCAUCGCUCUUAAAGAAAUUGAUCAGACAUUGGAUUUAGUUUUAAGUGCUGACUUAUUAUUAGUUACUAAUAGCAGUAGUCUUAUGAUAACAGUGGAAAAUCGUGAAACUAAACAUACAUAUCGCGUCCACUACGUGCCGGUUGACUUAUUAUUGAGUGUGCAAGAUGAAAAUAUUUACUACGGUUUGGGUUUGCAAGCUUUAAACAAAUGGCACCAUUUGACUCGAGAUUUGCACAUAGAUGUGCAGAAAGGUAUGGCCUUGGAUGGCCCGAAAAAAUCUCCAAUUAGGGUUAAACGUACUGAUCUCCGAAUACUGGCCGUAUCAUUUUUGGGUGUGGGUUUUUUCGAUAAUAUAAGCCUGUCAACGUACGAUCAUAUGGCUAAUUUUUAUGACGCGGCCGAAUGGUUGGUAAAUAACCAAGACCAAAAUACGGGAGGUUGGCCAAACCCUGUUCGGCGAAGUUUAAAUGGUUUUGCUGAAUUAAAGGCAGGCUGGUUGUCGGCCAUGGGCCAAGGUCAUGCUAUCUCAGUCUUGGCUCGAGCUUAUUGGAAGUCAGGCGGUGAUAAGCGUUACUUAAAAGCAGCAGCUUUGGGCUUAAAGCCAUAUCGUGUAUUCUCAAAAGGUGGAGGCGUUCUAGCACGUUUUAUGGAUAAAUAUUUUUGGUAUGAAGAAUAUCCAACAACACCCGCUUCGUUUGUGUUAAAUGGAUUCAUUUACUCUCUACUGGGCUUAUAUGAUCUCAAUUCAACAGCGCCUUCGUUUAUAGCAAAUGAAGCUGGGCAAUUCUUCCAGCAAGGAAUGAUCUCUUUAAAAAAUAUGCUGCUAUUAUUUGACACUGGCUCAGGCACAAGUUAUGACUUGAGGCACCUUUCUUUAGGCGUGGCGCCAAAUCUAGCUCGUUGGGAUUAUCAUGCUACGCAUGUCAAUCAAUUGUUGCUAUUAGCUACGAUCGAUAAUGAUCCUUUGAUAUCACGUACAGCUGAACGAUGGAAGGGUUAUAUGUUUGGUAAGCGUGCCAAACAUAACUGAAAGGUGGGGAGAGAGAGAAAAGGGAAAUGAUUGAUCGCGUGAACCGUAUACAAAUUUAUUGCCAAGAUUAUAAGCGCACAAGUAUACUCUUGCAUAUGGGUUUUCUCUUUCUCUCUCUCUCUCUCUCUCUCUCUCUCUCUCUGUCUCUCUCUCUCUCAUACUGUCCUUUUCUCUUUCAACUUCAGUUUCUUGUUAGCAAAAUGAUAAAAGGUUAAAUGAAAAAAAAGAAAAAAUAGUGAUAUUGCUCUGCGAACUUAAGUAUUAGAAAACUAUUGGUCUUGUCCUUAAUUUUGAGGAUACUGUUGAAAACAGUAGUAAAAUAAAAUCUUUUAGUAUUAGUUCUCGUAGUUUUUUAAUAUUCGUAUUUUACAUUUAUAUAUAUAUAAA